CCCAGCCUUCGUCCUCCCUCACCACUCCACAAUGCAGAGCGGCAGCAGCUCAGCUCAUGUCUGCAUGGAGGAUGGAGUCCGUUUCUUGGACCUCGGAAGGAAGCAGUCAAGAGUUUGCUCAUCGGAGGAAGUCACCGUCGUGGUGAAGGUCUUCUCCGUGCUGCUUCUCCUCGUCGUCAUCGUCUCUGUUCUCGGCACCUCCGCCGGCCAGCAGCUGUGGUCUUGGAACCCCGCCAUGGGAGAAGAAGACGACUCCAUGGUUUCCCGGCCUCCGAUCGACCUGACACACUGCAUGAGCGACGACGAGCUCUUCCGGCGUGCAGUGAAUGUGAGCAAGAUGGGCAGGUAUCGUCGUUCCAGGGUGAGUACUCCCAAGAUCGCCUUCAUGUUCCUGGCUCGAGGAGGUUUGCCACUGUCUGCCCUCUGGGAGAAGUAUUUCGAAAGCCACCGUGAACUCUACUCCAUCUACGUCCAUUCCCAUCCGUCGUAUCAGCCCGACUACCCCUCGAGUUCGGUGUUCUACGAGAGGCAGAUCCCAAGCCAGGUGUUAGCCUGGGGUGGUUUGUCCAUGGUCGACGCUGAAAGAAGACUCCUGGCAAACGCAUUGCUCGACGUCUCCAACCAACGCUUCGUUCUGCUGUCGGAGACAUGCAUCCCUCUGUUCGACUUCAGCUUCACCUACCGUUACCUGAUGCGAUCCAAGUACAGCUUCGUGGAGACCUUCGAUGAUCCGGGCCCCGGCGCCAGGGGGAGAUACGACCCGAAGCUGCAGCCCGAGAUAAGCAUCCAACAAUGGCGUAAGGGCACGCAGUGGUUCGAGAUGAGCCGCCAGGUCGCCGUUGUCAUCGUCAACGAGACUGCAUGCUACGCGAGGUUCCAUGAGCUUGGCGGGGGAGUGAUCGUUCCGGAUGAGCACUACAUUCCUACGGUGCUCACCAUUACAGCACCCCAUCUUAUAGCUAACAGAAGCCUUACUUGGACGAUGUGGAAGAAGGAUCACCAAGGUCACCCUGCAACCUUUGGGAAGGAUGACAUGAACGGCACGUUCCCGGAGCAGAUCAACCGGGAUCGGAACUGCUCAUACAAUGACCGGCCAUCUGCUAUCUGCUUCCUGUUUGCCAGGAAGUUCGCUACCAGUGCGUUAGAGCCAUUGCUAGAGUCGGCAUCAGCUUAUUCUGGACCCGUUAGGUCGAGGACUGAUGCAGAAGACUCAAAGUCCUGAGGACUUCAUGGCCAUCAGCUCAGCUCGAGGGGAGGGAGAUGAACUGUCCAAGCUAUUGUUCUGAUUAAUAUAUGAAUUUACUGUUCAUCCCCAGCAAUAUAAUCUGCUUCUUUCGUAAAAUUUACUUUAUUAGUAA